AGGCCGCGGUGUGGGAACUCUCGCGGUAUUUGCUGUGGGCGGCUAGUGGGCUGUUGGGGCUGCUGCAGCUCUUUUUGUCGCCCGCGCCUCUGCGCUGCACCGAGUGUCGGCCGAGCGCCAUGACUUCCGCUCUGGAGAACUACAUCAACCGAACUGUUGCUGUGAUUACUUCGGAUGGGAGGAUGAUAGUGGGAACACUGAAAGGUUUUGACCAGACCAUUAAUUUGAUUUUGGAUGAAAGCCAUGAACGAGUGUUCAGCUCUUCACAGGGAGUGGAACAAGUGGUACUAGGCUUGUACAUCGUAAGAGGUGACAACGUUGCAGUCAUUGGAGAAAUUGAUGAAGAAACAGAUUCUGCGCUUGAUUUGGGGAAUAUUCGAGCAGAACCUCUGAACUCAGUAGCACACUGAGGAAAAAUUACAUACAUUGGACAGCUGUAAAUCUUUGUACAGAAACUGAUUAUUCUGAGGAUGAUGUGUGGAAUUUUUAUAAAUGUGUAAUUGUACAAUUUUGACUAUUGAUUAAUUGUGAUAUGAUAUGUAAAUUAUAUUUUUACAUUUUGUUGAAUAAAGAUUUUUUUGUCUAAAUCA